AUGGAGAAUGUGAAGAAGCCCAAAACCGCUCGACCCAAGGACAUGGUCUAUGACAAAAGGAUCGUGCUGUUCGCCACCGAAGGAUGUGGAAUUGAGCAACCCUAUUCAGUGGGUCAAAUGCUCGAUCGAUUCCUACCAUUCUACAUCAACAGACACCAAGGUUUCUGCAAAGCCUUUGCUCGAAUUGAAUUGGGGCUUUCUCGAACCACCCCUACCUUGUGCUUUGAAACGUCACAAAUCAUCCACGUGGAUGACGAAUUGGCCACAAAUGAUCCGGAGGACACUCUGUACAAUGACUCGAACUUAGAGUGGCAAGCAAUUCCGGGUGGCACGGUCAUGAACGAUGGAUGCUCAGUCAUCUCCGUUGGCGCUGCAUUAGCCAUAUGGCAGCUAUACAAGAAAACAACCGGGAUGAAGGGACCUUUACCCAGUACGUUCCAGGGACGCAUUGGCGGAGCCAAGGGACUUUGGAUGAUUAGCGCGGAAUCCUACACCAAAAAUCCGGAGCAUCUUAAGCACUGGAUCAAGAUCAAUAGGAGUCAGUGGAAGUUUCAUCCACCCGCCGACGAUUCAAUGCACCAUCAUCGAACCUUUGAAGUGUCCAACUUCAGUUCUCCGCCUUCACAGUCGGAAUUGCAUAUAUUGUAUAUACCCAUUCUGGUCGAUCGGGGCGUGAAGAGAGAAGUUAUUGCUAGUCUCAUGGAAGAGCGACUCGAAAGCGAACGCGAGAAGCUGCUACAUUUACUACCAGAUCCAGUCAAGGUCUACGAAUGGGUUCAUCAGAACGGUGCGAAGACUCAGGCUGAACCUGACUGGCAAGCUGCACUGCCGGUAUCCUUAGAGGAAAAGUUGAAGUUCUUGCUCGAGGUGGGCUUCGUACCUACCAAGUUUCCCUACCUUGCCAGGAGUCUCGAACGCUUUAUCCAGACAAAGCAUGUCUUCCAGGAAUCCAAGCUACGUGUGCCUCUCGCAAAGUCCGCGUAUUUUUAUGGAAUAGCAGAUCCUUUUGGAGUCUUGAAACCAGGAGAGAUUCAAGUACAGUUCUCAUCCUCAUUUAUCGACGAGGAUACGGAUGAAAAGUACCUCUGCCUUAGGGACAUGGAAGCUCUCGUCACUCGUCAGCCUGCUUGUCGCCGCUCGGACAUUCAAAAAGUCCGCACGGUCAUACGACCUGAACUGUCGCAUCUGGUCGACGUGGUGGUUUUUCCUUGCAAAGGCCGAUUCCCACUAGCUGGGAAGCUGCAAGGAGGCGAUUACGAUGGUGAUAUGUUCUGGGUUUGUUGGGAACCUAAACUUGUGCGCCCUUUUCUGAAUGCUCCAGCGCCAAUGACUACCCCCAAGCCUGCAAAAUACGGCAUAGAGACACGGACCGAGAAGCUCGAAGAUAUCAUGAACACCAGCGAACCUGAAGAGGUGGACAACUUCCUCAGUAGAGCUUUCGAGUUUCGUAACAACUCAUCGCUGCUUGGUCUAGUCACCACUUUCGCAGAGAAACAAGCAUACACCGAAAACCGCAUUCAUUCCCGGGUACUUGAACAACUGUACGAUAUGCACGAUUUGCUAGUCGAUGCGUCCAAACAGGGUUAUGUAUUUACGCAGACAAAGUUUGAUAAAUACGUGGCCCGAUUGAAACCAAGACAGCCGCGUUAUAAGGAAGAGAUGAAAAAAUGCGCCAGCAAGGGGGACUCAGCAGGUGUUGAGAAAAUCCGCAAAGCAGAUCGGCGAGUCCGAUCCAACCACAUCAUCGACUAUCUCUACUUCGACAUUGUAAGAGCACACAAUAUCGAGACAAUGCGUCAAGUCAAAUCCAUUCUCUCGGAAGCUAUUGAGCCAGACGACGCGCUUUUGUAUCCAAUCGAUCACCUCGCCAAAAAGGGAUCGGAAACUAUCAAGCAAGAAAUCCUCUCUCUGACAAGAAAGCUGGACGACGUCAAUUGUACUUGGAAUGCCGGCUGGCAUGGGGAUGUGAGCACGACGGAGCGGCUUAAUACUGUUGUAAACAAUUGCUAUCAGAAGUUCCAGGCUGUCCAGCCCGAAAACCCGGGCGACACCGAUAUCCAGCCUCUGCUUGAUGAUUACCUUACGCCCGGUUCAUGCAUGUGGGACACCAUCAAGGCAUCAGCGUUAUAUGCACAGUUCAAGAGGCCGGAGAAAUCCAGUUUCGUUCUGAAAAUGGCAGGACGAGAGCUUGCGAGUCUCAAGGCAAACAGCUCUGAGAAAUCCAGAGCUAUAGUCUCGUCCAUACGCAUGAACAUGAAGCCGAAACCAAUCAAGGCACAGGUCCAGUACGAAGAGGAAGAAGAAGACGACUUUCAGACCGCGCUCGAGGAGCUCACCUUGUAG